AUGAAUAUACGUGGCCAACUCAAAGGAGAACUGAAACAAAAAGAUCCGAAUGCUCGAGCAAUUCAUGAAGAUCAAUCAUUUGCUGAAGCAGCUGUUAAUGCUCUUGAACAACGAACAUUACUUGAUAUUGAUGCAGAUCCAUGGCAUGCACGCCAUACGAAUAUUAUUUGUACAAUAGGGCCGACAUCACAAAGUGUUGAAAUCCUUACAAAAAUGAUCAAAGCCGGAAUGAAUAUAGCUCGAUUAAAUUUUUCACAUGGAACAUAUGAAUAUCAUAAAAAAAGUAUUGAGAAUAUUCGUAUAGCUGAAAAAUUAACAGGAGGAGCAGAUGAAUUUCGAUGUGUUGCCAUUGCAUUAGAUACUAAAGGUCCAGAAAUUCGAACAGGCAUUUUAGCUGAAGGUGUUAACAGUGAACUUGAUUUACAAAACGGAGAGAUUGUUCGCAUAACAACAGAUAAAACCUAUGCAGAUAAAUCUACCAUAGAUAAUUUAUAUGUUGAUUAUGUAAAUAUAGUUCAUGUUAUUAAACCAGGAAAUCGAAUUUUUAUUGAUGAUGGCCUUCUUUCAUUACUGGUUAAAGAAGUUGGAGAUAAUUAUCUUAAAUGUGAAAUUGAGAAUGGUGGUUCAUUAGGUAGUCAUAAAGGUGUUAAUUUACCAGGUGUACCAAUUGAUUUACCUGAAACAUCAGAAAAAGAUAGACACGAUCUUGAAUUUGCUAUAGAGAAUGAUAUCGAUAUCAUUUUUGCAAGUUUUAUGCGUGAUGCUGAUGGUGUUCGUGCAAUUCGAAAUAUUCUUGGUGAAAAAGGAAAAGAUAUUAAAAUAAUUGCAAAAAUUGAAAAUCAACAAGGAAUUCACAAUUUUGAUUCAAUUCUUAAAGAAGCUGAUGGUAUUAUGGUUGCACGUGGUGAUAUGGGUAUUGAAAUUCCUCCACAAAAAGUUUUUGUUGCACAAAAAAUGAUGAUUGCUAAAUGUAAUCUAGCUGGUAAACCGGUUAUUUGUGCUACUCAAAUGUUAGAAAGUAUGACAAAAAAUCCCCGUCCAACUCGUGCUGAAGUCAGUGAUGUAGCCAAUGCAGUUUUGGAUAAUGCUGAUUGCAUUAUGUUAUCGGGUGAAACAGCAAAAGGCAACUAUCCUAUACAAUGUAUUCAAUUAAUGCAUGAGAUUGCUCGAGAAGCUGAAGCUUGUUUAUAUCAUCGAGAACUUUUUGAAAAUCUUAGUUAUUUUACUAAACCACCAUUGGAUCAAAUGCAAUCAGCAGCUAUUGCUGCUGUUGAAGCAGCUUUUAAAAGUUAUGCGCCACUUAUUGUUGUACUAACACAUUCAGGACGGUAAGAAUAACAAACUUCUUUUGCUUUCAAAUUUUGAGUAAUAAUGCUAAGUUUGCGUUUUUCAUUGUGUGACCUCGAAAAAUUGUACGAAAAGUUCGGAUUUAUUUUUAUUUAACUCGUUCUUAAUGACAUUGGUUUGAGUUCAAGUGAGUGCGAAAUCAUUAUCUGUUAAUAACUUUAGCAAACGGAUCGUUCUAUAAAACUUCAUCGAGAAUGAUUACAUAUGGUAGUAAACAUAUGCCCACCAGAAGAAGAAUAAAUUUAUUGCACUUAUAUUUGAUUUCUUGUGAAAAUGUACGCAUGGAUUUCUGUUUUAAAAGUAGGUCAUAAAUAAAUAGGAGCUAUCCAUAAAGAACACUCAGAAAUGAGGAGAAGAGGACAGAGUAUGUUCAAGAUUGUAUCAGCUCACUUUUGGACGUCUCCUAUUGAGAAGGUUGUGAGCACCAACCCUGUAGUUUCUACAUCCUUUUACUUGCCUAGUUCUUCAGAAAUGUAAUAGAAAGUUUGUGGGAGAAAAGGGAUGAUUCCGAUGUCUACUUGUAUACUUCAACAUCCCUUUUAGAUCGUAUUUUAGAAAAAAGUAGAAAAUUAUUUAGAAGAAAAGAAUCAAUUGCUCCAAAUGAUCCGUUUGUUCAAUCCGCUACCGGAGCAUAGUUCGCAUUCAGACAGACAUUAGCUGAGAAAAACGAAAGUAACCAUUUUAACUAUUCAAAUAGUAUUAAAUAGACUUAUUCUCAAUAGAACGAACGAACACCUCUUAGCACCAAUCUGAAUCUGCUUACACUCGUUAGGGGUAAUU